GUGAAGAGGAGGGAAGACCCAGGGACAGAGGGAAUUGACCAGGGUGGAGGAUUGAGCAGUCUUUUGCAGCUCCUUCCGUACACAGUGAAGUCCGGCUGGACCGUCGUGGCCGCAACCUUGGAGGCUGCGGAGCUGCGGUGAGGCAUCUAGGUUCCUAUUAAACUUGCCCGGGCAGCUUCAUGAGAAGGCGCUUGAGACCCGACAGGAGAUGGAGCCGGUGAAUACUUUAUGUCAAGACGGAGAAUCCGAAGGAGGUGUUUUAGCUCACUUGGAAAAGCUAGAGGUGCAAAUGUCCAGGUCUCAUAAAAAGUCUGAAGAGCUGCCAAGAGUUCAGAGAGACGAAAAUGUUCUUAGAACCAAGAUUCAUGAGCUGAGGCAUCUGCGGGAUAAACUGAGGGCUGAAGUGAAGCGACGGCAAGCCAGAGUUAAAGCAUGUUCUGCCAACGUGGAAACUAACCAAACAGCGGAGAUCAGUGAGCAGCAAGUUUUGGAAAAGCAGAAAGAAAACGUGAAAGCCAUUCUCCAGGCAUAUCGUUUUACAGGGCUCAGUGGGAAGUUGACCAGCCGUGGAGUCUGUGUGUGCAUAAGUACUGCCUUUGAAGGGAACCUACUGGAUUCCUUCUUUGUGGACCUCGUCAUGGAGAAACCACCCUGGAUACAUCACCAUUCCAUCCCAGUCUUCAUCCCUCUAGAAAAGAUAGCUGCAGCGUACCUCCAGAGUGAUCUUCAGCGUUUCCUGUUCAGUCUCUGUGAAUACGUAAAUGCUUAUUCAGGGAGGAAGUACCAGGCAGACAGACUUCAGAGUGACUUUGAAGCGCUCCUGACUGUACCCUUGCAAAGAAACUCCCUGUGCAACUUGCUGUCAUUUACCUACAAAGUGGAUGGAAGGGAUCAGUCUUUCUCCUUUAGUGCCAGAUUGCUGUAUGAGGACCUCACAGCGACUCUUCCAACUGACGUCACUGUUACAUAUCAAGGGAUGGAGGCAUCUACUCACUGGGAAGAGCAUCGAGCAUCCCAUGAAAUACUCUUCCGUACCAAGCCCCUGCAUCAGGUGUUUGCUUCAUUUUCAAAAGAGGUUGAAAAGCUGGAUUUGAGCCUGGUCUCCUAAAAUGCUGUUUGUCUUGGGGACACAUCUGAAGUGAAAGAAAAUAUUGCACUUACUGCUCUCAUGACUAAGGUGACACGGGGUUCCAGAAGAACCUUUCAAGAUUAUCAGGAACAUCAGGAUAAGGGCCAUUGAACCUAAGUCGACCAUAGGGAGGCAACCAGGUCUCCAUGGAGCGCUUCUCCUCACAAUGAAAAGCACUGCCGUCAGUUCCAGAUGGGAGUGGAGCAGUCUCCAGCAGUCUUGGGCCUGUUGAGCCCUCCUUUCAACAGAGCUCCCCUAUGUGUAUGCCCAGCCCAGCAGCUAAGGCAGCUUUAUUCCACUCCUGCCGCAGUCCUGUUCACAGUGGCCAUGGCCUCUCUAGGGGAUGAAGGACUGAGUUGGAACAAAGGCUCUGGAAAGACCAUUCCAAGACUACACCUAAGACCCCUACUCUGGGGAAGCUACAGGCAUACUGAGGAGUAGUAUGGCCACCCUCAGAGCUCACAUCUCCACAAAGGAAGGCUUGAGGAAUUUGAAACCUAAAGUCUAUGGGAAUGUGCACUUCAACAAUUUGAGAACGCUGGGACUUGGU